AUAGAUAGAAAAAAUCUUAUUUGUGAGUCAAUCUCCCUCACCAAUUUCCCUUACAUUCCCUAAAGGGGUUUUCCUCAGCAAAACUCAUAGGGAAUGCCUCUUUCACACGAUAUGAGGAUCACUUUUUGGGAACCGAAUAAAAUGUUCAGAAGCUUGUUUCUGGUUUCCUUGUUGCUUCAUACAAUAGUUGCCCAAAAACAUGCAGCUAAAGUCCCUGCCCAAAGAUGGUCAACAUUGAGUGGAAAUGAGCCUCUUGUAAUAACCCGUGGUGGCUUUUCGGGACUCUUCCCAGAAGGCACUCCAGAUGCAAUUGCGCUAGCACAAGAUUUAAGCAUUAUUCUGUGCAAUCUUCAGUUGACAAAAGAUGGUGGUGCAUUUUGUGUCACGGGCAAUACGCUUGACAAUUCAACUACUAUAGAAACGCUCGAUCCUAAGGAAAAAUCCUACAAAAUGAAUGGGAAGGACGUGCAUGGACACUUUUCUGUGGAUUUCACAAGUGUUCAGAUUGACCAGAAUGUAUCAAUGACUCAAGCCAUAUUUUCUCGACCGGAUUUUUACGAUGGUUUGUACCCAGUUCUAAAUGUUGAUGCUCAACUAAGUGGAAAAUCUCCACCAAGGUUUUGGUUGAAUGUUCAGAAUGCAGAAUUCUACACCCAAAACGGAGUACAAGUGGUAGAGAUUGUAUUAGACCUAUUGAAAUCUUAUCAAAUAGAGUUUGUUUCAUCUUCAGAUAUUGGUUUCUUGAAGAGUAUCAAUGGGAAAGCAAACAAGGCAACUAAGGUCAUCUUUAAACUUCUUAAUGCUGAUGAUGUUGAACCUUCAACCAAGCAACCCUAUUCUGAUGUUCUGAAAGAUCUUGCCUCAAUCAAGCCAUUUUCAUCAGGCAUAAUGGUCGCAAAAGACUACAUAUGGCCACUUAAACCAGACAAAUAUCUAGGACCCGCUACAACACUUGUGGCUGAUGCCCAUAAAUUAGGACUAGAAGUUUAUGCUUCUGGUUUUGCUAAUGAUAUAUUUUCUAGUUAUAGUUAUAACUAUGAUCCUACCACUGAGUACCUUCACUAUAUAGACAAUGGAGAAUCUGUUGAUGGUGUUGUCACUGAUUUCCCUGCAACAGCAUUUAAUGCCAUCGUUUGCUUUGCACACAACAAUCCCUUGCCCCAAAAAGGACCAACUUUGAUCAUAAGCAACAAUGGAGCCAGUGGAGUUUAUCCAGGCAACACGGAUCUUGCAUAUCAGCAAGCAAUAGAUGACGGCGCUGACAUUAUAGAUUGCCCAGUUCAAAUGACAAAAGAUGGAAUUGUCUUCUGUUCAGAUUCCACAGACCUAACCGUAGCAACCACCGCAAUGAUUAAAUUCAUGUCUCGGUCUUCCAGUGUCCCAGAAAUUCAACCAAAAAGUGGAGUUUUCUCCUUUGACCUUACAUGGAGUGAGAUUCAGUCAUUAAAACCUCAAAUGGUUGGUAAAGCAGACGGUUUGAUAAGAAACCCGGCAAACAAGAGCAGUGGUAAAUUUGUCACCCUCGCUGAAUUUUUGGAAAUAGCCAAGACUAAGGCAGCUACUGGCAUUUUGAUCGACAUACAGAAUGCCAACUACCUUGCAUCCAAAAAGGGUCUUGACAUUGUAAGCGCAGUCAGCACAGGUUUGAGCAAUGCCACCUUUGACAAGCAAUCCACACAACAAGUCCUGAUACAAUCAGAUGACAGCUCGGUCCUAUCCAAGUUUAAAGACAUUCCAUCUUACAAAAGGGUGAUGAGAUUCAAUGAUGAAACUAUGGGCGAUAUACCAAAGCAAACGGCAGAAGAAAUAAAAAAGUAUGCGGAUGCAGUGAAUCUUCCAAAAACCACUGUUAUCAAACCAUAUGGUUCAUUGUUAGUAGGACUAACAAAUAAUGUGAAAGUCUUGAAUGAAGCAAACAUCUCGGUAUACGUUCAUACUAUAAGAAAUGAAUACACAACCCUGGCAUUAGACUAUUGGUCAGAUCCCAAUAUCGAGAUUGCUACUUUCAUCCAAACCGCUAAGGUUGAUGGAAUCGUGACCGAUUAUCCAGCCACUGCAAAUAGAUACAUGAGAAAUCCAUGUAGUAAUCCUUCAAGUAAACCUCGAAUUCUACCAAUUAUUCCUGGUGAUUUAUUGAGUACUGUUCCAAGUGGAUCACAACCACCAGUAGAAGCACCACUUCCUCCUCUUGAGGUUGCAGAAGUUGUUGACCCACCUCUUCCUGCUGUGACUAAAACUAAGCCUGCUGAUACUGGUGCUACUGAUGGUGAUGGAGCUGGAUCUGAAUCUAAACCUGCUCACGCCUCUCCUCCCCCUUCAGGUGCCAGGGCAGAUGUUGCUAACUGUGGUCUUUCCCUAGCGGCAAUAUUGGUGUUUGCUGUGCUUUUCACUGAUCAUUAACGUAAUUUGCAUACCAUAUGCUAUGUUUUUCAAUGGUCGUUAA